AAAACAAACAGAUUUUGCGUAUUUUUAAGCUCUCUCUUCCUCUUCUCUCCUCUCUCUGCAAAAAAAAGCUAAAACAAACACAUUUAUAAUCACACAACAAAUUUCUCACUCUCUCUCUCUCUCUCUAAUCAACAAACCACUCGAUCUCUCUCUCUCAUAUCGCAAACCCUUAAGAGUUCAAUUCAACCUAACCGUCCGAUCGCGCUGCAAGAUCAAAUCUCAUUUCAGAUCAACGGCGUAGAUUCUCCGUGAAUUCAACGCGGUGUCAUGGUUGUUGUACUGUCGAUUCUUACCGUCGGUGAAUUCCGAAGGUAAAUUUUUUUUUUCUUUACCGUGAAAAAAAAAAAUCUGUUGUGGUUAAUUUCCAUGGGCGAUCUUCGGGCUUGGUCGCCGGAGCCACCGAACACUGCCGUAUUGGAAGAGCGGCUGUCGUCUUCGUCGUCCUCGUCUUCGUCUUCGAACCAAACGGCGGGAAUUGCCGCAGAGUCUUUGCAGCGAGCUGAGGAGGCGACACAGGGGAUCAUAGCUCAGGUUCAGCCCACUGUUGUCUCUGAGAAUAGGAGGAGGGCGGUUACUGAUUACGUUCAAAGGCUCCUUAGAACUUGGCUUGGUUGCGAGGUAUUUCCAUUUGGGUCUGUACCGUUGAAGACUUAUCUGCCUGAUGGCGAUAUUGAUUUGACUGCCUUUGGUCUUCUAAAUGGUGAGGAGGCUUUGGCUAGUAAUGUUUGUUCUGUCCUUGAAAGAGAAGAUCAGAACAGGGCUGCUGAGUUUGUAGUAAAGGAUGUCCAAAUGAUUCGGGCAGAGGUUAAGCUUGUAAAAUGUCUUGUACAGAACAUUGUUGUUGAUAUUUCCUUCAACCAGUUAGGAGGGCUCUGUACUCUAUGCUUUCUUGAGAAGGUUGAUCGUCUGAUUGGCAAAGAUCAUCUAUUUAAACGUAGUAUCAUACUGAUUAAGGCUUGGUGCUACUAUGAGAGCCGUAUUCUUGGAGCUCAUCACGGCUUGAUUUCUACGUAUGCUUUGGAGACUUUGGUUCUAUAUAUCUUCCAUCUUUUCCAUGCAUCCUUAAAUGGUCCUCUGGCGGUUUUAUAUAAAUUUUUGGACCACUUCAGUAAAUUUGACUGGGACAACUACUGCAUCAGCCUGACUGGUCCAGUCCGCUUAUCAUCGUUGCCAGAACUCGUGGCUGAGACACCUGAAAAUGAUGGCACUGAACUGUUGCUCAGUAAUGAUUUUUUUAAGGAAUGUUUGGAAAUGUUCUCAGUUCCUGCAAGGGGGUAUGAUACAAAUUCAAGGACAUUUCCCCCAAAGCAUUUUAACAUAGUUGAUCCACUAAAAGAAAAUAACAACCUUGGUCGCAGUGUGAGCAAAGGAAACUUUUACCGUAUUAGGAGUGCUUUCACAUAUGGUGCUCGAAAGCUUGGGCAUAUCCUCUCCCAGCAGGAAGCAAACAUAGAGGAUGAAAUCCGUAGGUUUUUCUCAAACACAUUGGACAGGCAUGGGAGUGGGCAGAGGCCUGAUGUUCAAGAUCCUGUCCCAAUGCCUGGACACAAUGUGUUUGGCAUUGCAUCUUCAUUUUCAGGUACAGAGUCACAAGAAGAUCAUACAAUUCAUGAAUCAGAAUUUGCCUAUUUAAGUAGCAUGACUCCCGAAGGUCGGUUGGGUAAUGAGGGACUAACACAUGCUGGAGUCAAUAAUGUUAACACAUCAGGGACUGGUACGAGCUCUGCUCAUGCUGUGAAUGAACCAAAAAGAAGCUCUGUUGAUGCAUCAGGCUCAACCAUGUUGUCGGAAGCUGAUGGUUCUGUAAAUGGGAUUACUGUUUCAGAACAUCGUCUUGUUGGUGAUGCGAAAGACCUUGCUACCUCCAGAAUUCAAGAUCUAACAAUUUCAAAUGAUGCAAUUAAAUCCCUUCCUUCAAGUUGUAAGGAUGGUACAUCCUCUUUGGGUAAAGCACAUCAUGCACCUCCUCUCUAUUUCUCUCAAAGAGUAAUGGGAAAUGGGGAUGGGGAUGGAAAUCCAGAUCGAAAACAGCCAGAAGAGUCUGGUUGUACUGAGAAGAAAGAUUCGCCUAGGCUUCUGCAAGCACCGUCUGAGGAGAAGGCCUUGAUUGUGCACUUGGACCAGUAUGAGAACCAGUUGGUUAGUGAUAAUGACAGUCUGUCACCUGUUGGAUUGAAGCACCACUCUCCACGUUCGAGUCUGGUUACUUGGUCCUCAGAAGAUCUUUAUCCUAAUUAUUCUAAUUAUUGGGUGUUAAAUGGCAGUUCUGGAAAUCCUGAAGUUUUGAACCAUUUGUCGGAUCUCAGUGGGGACCAGGAUAGUCACAUUAAUAGUUUGAAUUAUGGUAUCUAUCGUGCCUUGAGUACAGCUGUUACUCCUGUGCCUCUGUUAUUUCCACAGCACCAUGGCAAGAAGUCAUGGGAUGUAAUACGACAGUCUGUGCAGCUGAACAGGAAUGUGUUUUCCCAGAUGAACACCAAUGGUGUUGUACCCAGGGCACCAUUCUACCCCAUGAACCCAACAAUAUUACCUGGUGGUGUGGCAUUUGGUAUGGAAGAGAUGCCAAAACCAAGAGGAACAGGGACAUAUUUUCCCAACACGAACCAUUACCGGGACAGGCCCUUGACACCCAGGGGAAGAAAUCAAGCACCAGUAAGGUCUCCUCGUAACAACGGCCGAGCCACAUCAAUAGCUGAGUCAUCCUGGUCUGAGAGAAGCAGUCGUGAGCUGGCACAAGCACAAUUUCCUGUUUAUGGUGGCGGAAAGUCUGGGUCGUCAGAUCACACCUCUGGUUCUCCUGGAAGGAAGUUGUACUCUAAUGCCAAUGGUUCAAUGCAUCCGUCUGAGGGAGUGGUUGAAUUUGGGUCAAUUGGGCAUCUGCCAGUUGAGGGAUCUUUGCCCGAAAGGAGCCGGCAACAAAACUCUGGCUCAGCACCUGCUCAAAACUUAAGUGUAAGCCUUCUGUCACCAGGGAUACAAAGCCCAAAACCAGUGUUGGGUGUGAAUCAAGAUAGGAUUGCACAAUCAUUCCGUUUGAAAGAUGAAGAAGAAUUCCCACCUUUAUCUGUCUGACUUCAGUGGGAAUGGAUGAUAUAUCUAUAUGGUUAAAGUUUGAAUGAAUAGAACAGUAAAUUCUAACAAAGCAGCCUAAGUUUGAGCUUUCCUCCUAUACAGCACCUUCGUAACCAUUUGGAAGCUUGAGAUAUGAGACCAUUUUUUUUCUGUUUGUGGUUCAAAGGCAUUUUGUACAUUCUACUAAAAUUUCCCCUUUAAUCUUAAUAGCUGUGUUUACUGAGAUGUUCGUAUAUAGGGUGUUUGAGAUAUGGUUUUGCCCCAGGUUUUGUUUUUCUUGCGACCCCUUGUAGGUAAAAUAGCAUGAAUAGAAUGUUGUUGAUGUCUGAUGUAAGUUCUAUAGGAAGAUAAUAAUUUCUGCAGAUGUUUAUGAUGUAACUCUUUGGCUAUGUUACUAUUGGAAAGGUGUUACAGCCUAUCUUGUUCGUGGCUCCAUUUUCUU